CUUUUAAAACACAUUAAAGGCUGGCCGAGAUGGAGGACUUGCCGGCGUGACUCUCGGGUGACUUGCAUGAGGACACAAGAAGAAGAGGAAGCAAAAAUCAUGACGCCCCGCAAAAAGAAUAAGAAGAAUUCCACUGAUGGGGAAGAUAGUGCAAAUCUUACCAAGAAAAGAGGGAGAAGUAAGGACAAUUCCAGCCCACCUGUUGCCUCCCCGCCAACUGUUCGUCGCUCCCAGAGGAGGACCUUGGCACAGGCCAGCCCAUCUCAGGAUGAAAGUGAAACAACCCCUAAAAGGUCUCGACAGGCAGGUCCCAGUCCAGAAACACCUUCCAGAGUCAGUCCUCGAGGGAAGAGAGAAACCAGCUCUCCUAUUCCUUCCAGAACAUCCCCCAGGGGUGACCGGAGAAGUCUCAGGGGCAGUAGCACUGAGUCCAGUGCCAGCAAUGUGAGUAGUGCUGCCAUCAACUGUGCUUCAGCAGAACGUGGUGCCACUUCACCAUGUCGGAGGCGGACUCGCAGAGAAAGCAACAGUUCAUCUGUCAGUGCAACUUCAGACACAUCAUCAAUCACACCCUCAACUCCUCAGAGGGGCCGGGGAAGUAAAAGGAAGGUGUUGGAUAAAUCAGAUAAAGGAGAAGUGGAGUCUUCCAAGGAGGCCAAUGGACCAUCCCCUCAGUACUCCCCCAGCACCAAGAAGAGAAGAGGGAGAUCCCAGGCUGAAAUUUCACCAUUAACCACCAAUGGCAAAAGUGAAGAUCAUGUGAGACCAAGAAGAAGGAUAUGCAAGACACACUCACCACACAAAGUUUUGGAUGGAGGAGUGGAUGAAGCAGAAGAAAGUUUGGCAGAUGGAGAGGAAGAGGAUGUCAAAAACAGUGUAGACAGUACAAAGAAGUUGGAAAAUUUCAAGGUUGAGAAUGGAAAUGAUGCCAGCACAGAAACAGAUGACGAUGCACAUGUAUUGAUGUCAGCUAAUGCUACCUGUGAUGGAGCGGACCCAGGUGUGAAGGUGAACUCUAAAGACCUUAACAAAUUACUGGAGACAGAGACUUGUAAAGAUAGUAAGACUACUCUUGAUGUAACCAACCAAGGUGAGAGUCAGAACUUACCAGCUGGUGACACUGAUCCAAGGACAGGUAGUUCAAGCCCACUACCCGAGAAGCAUUGUUCGCCUGCACACACUUGCAAAACUGUCAUUAGUUCUAGUCAUGUUAACAGUGCAAAGAGGACACGUAGUAUUAGUGAUUCAUCAAACCAUGAGACUGCAGAACACACACUCACUUCCAAAAAAGCAAAACUGUGUGCAAGUGUACCUGAUGAUGGCAGUGAUAGAGUAAAGUGUGAAAAUGGCAGUGUGAAAUCAGAGGAAACAAAUCAAGAGGUAGAAAAAAAAUGUAAGAGUUCAGAUCCCUUGCCCAUUACUGACAUGGAAGCCGAAGUGAACACAGAUCAUGUGGAUAGUGUGACCAAGAGACAUCUGGAAAUCUAUAAUUUGACAGCUGAACAAUUACAGGAAAUCUGUUCAUCGAUUUCAACCAAGGGAUCAAAGUUGUCAGAAAGCACAAUGAUUGAAGACCUGGUGGAGAAACUUUUAAAUAGAUCAACUUCAGUUCGAAGCAUGAAUGCCCCUCGCUUCAACAAGUUCCUAAGACAAUUGCUGAACCAUUACUGCUGCCUUGAUACCUCUAAGGAAAGCAAGCACAGCCUGUGUGAGAAAGCUGUGCAAUGGGCAAGAGACAGGAAAAGUGUGAACCUACGUCAUGAGUUGGAAUUAACUCUUAUGUCUUUGUAUUACAAUACGUGUCAAUAUAAGAAGGCAGAGGGAGUAGCAAAUGCCCUCUACAGUGAAACAAAGAAACUUCAGGACAAGGAAAAAACUGUGAAGGCAUGCUUGUGUCUUAGUCAGGUGUACCAUGCAAUGGGCAAUAUUUCUAAAGCUCGAGCCAACAUCACUACUGCCAAGACUGAGGCCCUCAAGAUAUACACUCCACCUGACAUGCAAGGAGAACUUGACUUACAGUCAGGAAUAAUGCAAGUAGCAGAAGGCAAGGACAUGGAAACAGCUUUCUCAUAUUUCAAAGAGGCAGCAACUGGCUUUGUUUCUCGCAAGCAGAGAGCAAGAGCACUUAAGUACAUGCUUUUGUCAAAGAUUAUGAUGAAUAGAUCUGAGGAAGGAGAAAAGGCUGUGCACAGUCAAAGUCACGUCCAAGACAUAGAUGAGGGGGUAGAGGCCAUGCUAGCCAUUGCUGGUGCUGCUCGCAGAUCCUCACUGAUGGAAUUCAGGAAGUUGCGUGAAGUGCAUCAGGAGCACCUGGCUGGAGACUUGGUGGUAGCUGGGAUCCUGGAUGAACUCUACACCACAAUGAUGGAAAAAAACCUGCUCAAUAUAGUUCUUCCUUAUGAGUGUAUACAGAUUGGGUACGUAGCAGAAAAAAUUGGUUUACCACGAGAAGAGGUGGAGAGAAGAAUAUCCCAGAUGAUCCUUGAUAAACGCAUCAAUGCCCAACUGGACCACCGUGAUGACUGCCUCUAUGUCUAUGCUUCCGUUGAUUCAGAUGUUGUUUAUCAGACAGGCCUUAAAACCUACCAGUUGGACAAGACCAUAUCUCAUCUGAACCGUAAAGUGAAAAAACUAUUGUAAUGAAUGCUGUUUAUAGGAGAUAAAGUUUAUAGGAGUUCCUUGACUUUUUGAGGACAUUUUGAUGUGUAACAAUACACAUUUAUUGUUCAAUAGUUAAGGUAUUUUGAAAGUUAUAACUAUCUCAAAGUGUCUUAUAUACUGAGGUGUGAAAUUGUAUGGUUAAUGGUAUAUAAUUUCUCUCUCUCUCUCUCUCUCUCUCUCUCUCUCUCUCUCUCUCUCUCUCUCUCUCUCUCUCUCUCUCUCUCUCUCUCUCUCUCUCUCCACUCAUUUUGCUGUGGAUUGCAUUUAUAUAUUUGUAUUAUUUUGGGUUGGAGAUAAGAAUGAGAAUUUGUUUUCUUAUUGGCAUAAAAUGUGAAGCAAUAAGGUCUUCGCUGCAGAUGCCACAAAACUUAAGGUGUAUUAUAUAUAUUAAUUUUGAACAUUUUCUUGCAUCUUGUUAUGUUGAAUAUAGAUAUAUUUCUCUUUAACUUCAUUUCAGCCACAUCCUUUGUAUUUAAGCUUGAAUUGCUUUCCUUUCUGAAUAAUGUAUAAUGUAUAUUCCAGGAACUUCACGUAUUACUGCUUAUUUAUUUGGUCAUAUUCCUUUAUUAUUAUUAUUAUUAUCAUUAUUUUUUUUUUUUUUUUUUUUUUUUUUUUUUUUUUGAAUAUCAUGAUCAUUAUCAUAAGACUUUCCCCAUGUGUGUGUUUGUGUGUGUGUGUGUGUGGGGGGGCGUGGGCGUGGGCACGCACAUACAUGUAUGGACUUUCACAAGUGUAGGGUGUUUAUGUAUGUGCACAUGCAUGGCAACACUCAUGCUUGUAGGAUGUGUCUUUAAAACUGAAUAAGGAUUCAUGCAUUUAGUCAUAAUUGUGCCAUUUAUCACUUCACCCCUUCCAUGUCCUUAUAAGGACAACUGCAUGUACAUACAUAUAAUGCUUACAUCCUUAGUAAAACAAUAUCACACAUAACCUGUGAAGAUAAUGGUACAUGGUACUGGUCCAUUUAUUUUGAAGCCCUGUGAACACCUGGUGUAUUUGAAUGGUGAUGAGUGCUGGUCUUCCUUUCUCAUAUGUUGGACCAUCAUUUCACUUGAACCUCAUGCAUGGUCAAUGUAUCUCCUUAUUUUGUCUCCACAUGUUUGUAGGAAUUUUCACAGAACUAGCCAUUUACAGGAUAAGGUUAUAUAAAAAUAACUCAGGUUAAUUUCUAUAUCCAUAUUUACCUCAUAUGCAUUGUUGCAAGGUGGUUUAUGUAGUAAUAGCAAAUAAUGUUGAUCCUGCAAUUCUAAGGAUAUUUAAAAGUGGCUCAGAUUUUUUUUUUUUUUUUUUUUUUUUUUUUUUCAGUAAGAUCCAUUUUAUCAGGAAGGCAAUAUGAAUCAAGUUAUCUUCUGAAUAAAAAAGGAUGUCAGGUGAUCUGCAACAGAAUAUCCUUUAUAUGGAGUGAAUUGACUUGAGAAAGAAGAAAAAUGGAGCAUCCCUGCUCAGUACUAUUACAUUCCUGCCAAAGUUGUUAUGUAUUUCCAACAUAAACUCAUUAUUGGUGGCCUUAUUUUUUGUGGUAUUGAAUUUUUUGCAGGGUAACCACAGAGACUUGCCUGCCACUUAUAACAAUGUUUCAAAAACAAUUUAAUUACUUGUGCUUGUAGACAUACCUUCAGGUGCUUACACCUUUGUUAUGAAGGCAAUUGUCUUUUUGGAUCACAAAAUUAUGAUCUUGCUAAAGUAUUGUUAUUUUUUUUUUAUUAUUAUUAUUAUUAUUAUUAUUAUUAUUAUUAUUAUUAUUAUUAUUAUUGUUAUAGGGGGAUGAAAAUAUGGUUUAUUUCUAAUAUGAAUAAAUAACAUUAGUCACCAAAUCUUAACCUGGAAGUGAAACAGGUAAAAACAAUUUUAUUAAAAAAAUUUAAGUUAUUCUUUUGUGAUCCUCUUGCCUGCUGUAGUGACUGAGGGGAAUGAGGAUGAGUUUGUCUAUUACUUAACUUGUCAGGUCAUAAAGCUUUGUAUUUUAUUUAUUUAUUUUUUUUUUUUUUUUUUUAUAGAGAUUAUUCAAAGUACAAGGAUGGUUUUAAGUGGAGCAGCAAGAAUUUUUUGUGUUUUCUGUUAAGUAACCCUGCAAAUAUAAAAGUUAUGCUGUCUCUAGUCUAUUGACAUCCAAGGCUUAGUGGAGGUUGAAGAGUUAGUUGAUCUUUAGAUGCAAGCAUGAGGCAAACUCCUCCACAAACUUACAGUGAGCUAACCUCUCUAUGCACAUUUUUAAGCUUGUAUAUUUCUCUUUAUUUUGUUUGCUUUUGAUACAUAUUAUAUUGUUCAUAUAUUUCAAUCUGUCUAUACACCAGGCUGAUAUCUCCCACAAAGUGAAAUAGCAGUGACAAGUGAAAGUAAAAUAUGAUGCAUUAGAACUUUGUUGAGUAGAUUUCAAUUUGAUUAAGAUUAAAGUAUGAAUAAAAACAUUGAAUAAAACUGUUUGGACACUUUUUUAUGUAUUUUUUAUGUGAUCUUGAUGCCAGUGUAAAAAUAAAUGAUGGAGUCUAA